UGCAGCUUCCCUUUUGUCUGCCUUCUUGAGCCAUGCACCCCCAGCGUCCUCUUCCCCAGGCCAUGCCCUCUUCAUCUCUGGGGCAGCGCUUGCGGGAUAUGACCUCAGGUUUGGGACAAGGCAAAAACGUCCUGGGAGGAAGCUUUGCAUAUGGGUUCAUCCAGUCGGUGAAGGAGUGCCUUUAUUUUCUGCUCUGUUGCUGGUGCAUUAAAGAGAUCCUGGACUGAGAGACAGAAAGAGAGUAUAUCAAGUUUGGGAAGAUUGAUUUUUCCUACUAGUUCUAUUACUGGGCAUCGUCAAUUAGCAGUAAUUUAUUUAUUCAAAAUUGAAUUUUUGAGCUACUCUCUUAAGAGGCGCACUGUUUUGCCAGUGGAAGAAACACAACUGCACCUUCAACAUGUGACUAUAAUUAAAGGUUAACAUGGAUGUAGCUCUUUUAGGAAUUCAACCCUGUUUGUGUGGAAUUUCCAAAGAUGUAGCUCUCUGGUGUUAACUGUAUAAAAUAUAUGCGUUCAAAAUUAAAGAAUAGAAAUAUUUUGCAAAUGUCUGGCGCUUUGUUUCUUCAGUCUACAACAGGAAGCUUAUAUUUAUUUAUUUUAUGUUUUAAAUAAAAAGGGAAUGUUUUCAGAUAAUUUAAGGAUAUAAAAAUACUUUAUAGCUUCAGUAAUGAAAACAUAUCUAAAAGAGAAUCUUACUAUCAGCCUAAUAAAAAUGCAAAUGUGUAAAAAUUCUCGUUUCGCUGCUCACCAGGGUAUAAGCCUGU